AUGGUGAGUAAGUCUCUGCUGGGGAAAGAGAGAUCUGUGCUCAAAAUUGAACCAACUGAGGACAAAAUUGAAACAACUGAGGACGGUGAAAUAGAAAUUGUAGAAAAUAGAACAGGUGACGAGUUCAGACAUGAAAUUGGUAUCGAAUUGGUUAAUGUUGCUGCAAACUGGAUUGGCGAUCGGCUUCCACCAACUUUAUGCGAACUGUCGUUGAAAAUAAAGAGUAAAUCGCUCUCCGUUAUCGCGGGGUCUGUUGGCUCGGGAAAGUCAUCAUUGCUGCAUCUGCUCUUAGGCGAGUUGUCGGUCGGAGCUGGCAGACUAUUAUUUCACAGUGGCGGCGACAGUAAGAAGACUAGAAUCAAUAGCCGAGACAUUCGCAUAUCUUACACAAGUCAAGUUCCAUGGAUUUUUGCUGCCUCCGUACGCGAAAACAUUUUAUUUGGCCAGCCCUACGACGAAAAACGAUACCAAGAAGUGACAAGAGUUUGCGCGCUCGCUAAAGACUUCGAGCAGCUGCCUCAGGGUGACUUGAGCUUUGUUGGGGAACGAGGAGCAUCUCUUUCGGGAGGUCAAAGAGCUCGAGUCAAUCUGGCCAGAGCCAUUUACAAAGACGCUGAUCUUUAUUUGCUGGACGAUCCUCUGAGCGCUGUUGAUGCUCACGUCGGUCGUCAUUUGUUCGAAAAAUGCCUGAAAGGUUUUCUGGAUGGCAAAACCCGGAUUCUCGUUACUCAUCAGUUGCAAUUCUUACAGCACGUUGACGACAUCAUUUUCAUUGACCGUGGUACCGUCAUACGUCAAGGAACUUACGAUGAGAUAGCCGCUGCUGGCUUGCAUGCAUUAGAUUUUCUGAAGACAGAAAAAACUGGCGAAAAUGAAGAAGCGAAAGACAGAUACCAGGAUAACAUGAGCAAAAAGGGAGAAUCAUGAACCGAUUCUCGAAGGACGUGGGUGCGAUGGACGAAUUCCUACCAAAAACAAUGCUGGAAGGACUCCAGGUUUUUUUUGUCACGAUUGGAAUCUUCUGCAUUGUGAUAUUCUUCAUACCCUUGGCGAUUGUGCCAGUGGUUACCA